AAAAUUAUACGUUUAUUAGAAAUUAGAAUUAAGAAUUCGCAAUACAACAAGCAACACCGACCCAAAUCCACACUUUUUUUGCUUCACCCACAAAACUCCACUACACCUUUAGCUUAUUGCUCUGUUUAACAGAGCAAGGUGGUUCCGGAUCAUCCCCGUACUUUUCAUUUUUCAAUCUCAACAAACUUUAUUUUGUAAAUCAAGUUUGUAAAUAAUUCAUGGACCUUCUAAUAAAGACUGGGGCAGUGAAGCUAAGGAGUCACUUAGAGAAGUUCUUAGUAGGAGACGAUGACAACGAGACGGUUCGACAAAGCCGAAAUGGAUCGUCUCAACGUGCUAUAUGGGUUGUCGAAUUGUGUUCGGAUAACCGGGAGGCGGUCCGGUUUAAGAAUUUGAGCUCAGGGUUGUAUUUGACCGCUUCCGACAGCCAGUUUUUAUUGGGAAUGACUGGUAAACGGGUGCUUCAACUAUCCAUAUUCGACCCGACUCGGGUGGAAUGGGAGCCUAUAAGUGACGGGUUCCAACUUAAAUUUAGGAGUACUAAGGAGGGGAAAUAUUUGCGCGCCAAUGGUGGGACCCCGCCUUGGAGGAAUUCUGUUACUCAUGAUUCGCCCCUUACGGGUGGGACUACUAGUUGGAUCCUUUGGGACGUGGAACCCGUUUUAUUGUCGGAUCUCGGGUCCUUUAACGAUGCGUUGUCGACGUUAUCGAGUUUUAAUUCGGUUUUUUCGGAUGAGUUCGGUGGGUCGAACCCGGGUUCUCCCAUGUCGGCGAGGUCCAUUGCGUCUUCACCGGCUUCACGCUUGUUUAGCAAGAAGCGGUCAGGGAUGGAUCUAUUCUACAACGCAAAAACAGUCCGACUAAAGAGCCACCACGACAAGUACCUAAUCGCAGAGGAUGACAAAGAAUCCGUUACGCAGGACCGAAACGGGUCAGCCCGAAACGCUAGAUGGGUUGUAGAACCCGUCAAAGGUUCGAACCACAUUAUCCGACUCAAAAGCUGCUACGGCAAAUACUUAACGGCGUCGAACCAACAUUUUCUGCUUGGGAUGACGGGUUCGAAGGUGCUUCAGACUAUGCCACGUAAGCUCGACUCUUCUGUAGAGUGGGAGCCUACCAAGGAUGGGUCUCAGGUUCGGUUGAAGACUAGGUACGGGAAUUACCUUCGGGCAAACGGUGGGUUGCCGCCUUGGAGGAAUUCUGUUACUCAUGAUGUUCCUCAUCGGACGGCUACACAGGAUUGGGUUGUUUGGAACGUUGAUAUUCUUGAGAUUUCGGAUUAUUCGGAUAAGGUGGAUGAUGAGGUGAAGAAGGUGGAGGAUUUGAAGCCAAAGGCGAAGCCGGGUUCGGGUUUGGAGCAGGCUACGGUUGAGAAAUCGGAUUCUUUUGGGUCGGAUAUGAACUCGGUUUCUAAUGGGUCUCAGAAGUAUAAUAGACAAGAGUCAAGUGAUUCUGGAACUUACUCGCCACCAAAACAGGAUGGUAGACUUAUCUAUUACCAUGUUGCUGAUGAUUAUGGUGGUGUUGAUGAUGGUGUGGAGGGUAACUCGUUUACCUUCAAAGGACACAGUGUUAAAGAACUGACUCAGAAGUUGGAGGAAGAAACAGGGCUUGAGGAUAUCUUAGUAUGCACGCGUAGUCCUUUGAAUGCAAAGUUAUAUCCCCUUCGCUUGCAGCUGCCUCCAAACAACACAACCAUGCACAUUGUCGUGGUUCCUUCUACUUCAAGACUGGCAGGAGAAUUCGCAAAAGCGGGGAUCUCAUGACGAGCUCAUUGAGGAAAAAAGGAUAUCAAAGCUAGUUAUGUACAUGCUCAUAAGGUGUUAAUAUAUGUUUCAGCAGAUAUUCAAUUUUCAAUUAGGAUUUCCAUUGUAGUGUUGAAUGAACGAUAGCAAGUUAUUAGUCAGUGUUUCAACUAGGUUGAAGGUGUGUUCCUUAAUUUUUUUUAUAUGUUUCAGGACUUGAGCUUAUUUUUGUCGAAGCUAUACUGUUCUGCUAGUUUUGUACUGCUGCCUGUAAAUACUUUUGUUCUUCUGGAGAUUGAUUUUCUGUGUAUUUUUGUGUCUGAUAAAUGAAAUAAAUAAAUCAGCAUUAAGCCGGUGUCUUUA